UUUUAUUUAUGGAUAUAGAAGACAAUGAAUCCAAGGGAUAACAUGUAAAAGUGAGAACACUUGUUUCCAACAUGGUCCCUGAUGUCAGAAAAAACAGGACAGACAGUAAUACAUGACAUCAUAGAAUCCUCUUAAACAAUAAGCAACAAAAAUCCAAAGACAAUCUUAAUAUAAAAACAACAGACAUGAAACUGGAAUCCCUGUCCCACUAUCUUCCCUUUUAGUCACAAUCAAUACGUCCUAAAAGCAGCUUGUGCAUCUCAUGGGUUAACAUUACACUUACGCUAACAGGCUACAAGCUGGAGCUAAUCAAUACGUAGCAAUUAACGUCCGUUUAGCAACUUAUUGUUCUCUGUAGUGUCGCGAGCAUGGGGCCACGAGCGCAUGUUGUUGGUUAUAAAUAACGUGUUGGCUGCACGAGGCUGCGUCAUUUCCUGACAGAGGACGGUCAGAGGCGGGUAAGAGCUGUAGUAACGUCUGAGAAACGGAGGCACCGAGCAGCGGGUCACCUCAACACUGCAACCGGACUGUUAACAGGCUAAUAAUAACACCAACAAACAAACAAACGGCUGGAAUACACUGGUGGAUAAUUAUUUUUGUGAACUUGUCGUCGUUUGGAACUAAAACCGAGACCGGAGCAGGAUAUCAUGAACUCCUCGGGACGCUGAGCAGGAGCAGAAAAAAAUAACUUUUUGUCUUUUCUUUUUCUUCGUCGAUGAAAUAGCUUUUCUUUCUGAGUUGCGAGCCCAACAGUGAACUAAAUACAGGUAGUUUUCAGUUGCGGUGUUGUUUAUUCCGCCUUGUAGUGGAGCUGUUGACGGUGAAGCGGACACCAGAGAAGCGGCGGCUCGGCAGCCACCUGACCUCCUGGAAAAUAAGACCGCAGCUAAUGACACGCAGGCUGAGAUCCUACGUGGCUCAUUGCUAAGCUCUCCGGCGGAGCGGGACGAGUUUUCCGCGAGGCUGUUUAUCGCACGUCCAGUUUUGACGCACCGUUUUCCACGCGAAGUUUGCAGAAUUCAAGUGCUGGUCUCUAAAUGAUGGUAAGUGCUAAUUAACUUAUGUCGACUGUGAAAUUGAAUUAGUUGGACUUAAUUGCCUGUUGAAGUUGCCCUUCCGUCGCUCUGUCCUGCAAAUUGCGAAUAAUAAGUGGAGCAUCUGCUGGAGAGAGAUGGACAUGGAUAUAACCGGAGUGUGCGUCUUCCAGCGGUCGUGAUGCCAAGCGCCGGUCUAAUCCCGCGCCGCCAGCCCGUAAUGCCAGCUCUCUAACCCGCACCAGUGUGGCGCCGUGUCCCGGUCACACCGCCAGGAUGAGCAAUACCGACCUGGAGCGCAUGUCGCUCAGCUCCUCGGCCAACUCUGUGGCCUCCAGCGCGCGGACGCUCUCGGCCAACGUGAGGAAGCUGCACAACGCGCUCAACCUCCUGCUUAACGACUUCGAGAGGGAGCAGUUCAUCCACUGCCUCAACGUCUACCACUCCAAACGCAACGUGUACGACCUGGUACAGACCCUCAACGUCAUCCUCAACGCGCCCAGCAAGCGGCAACUUUUGCCCAUGUUGCGGCUGGUCAUCCCGCGCUCUGACCAGCUGCUCUUCGAGCAGUACACUUCGGAGGGCCUCUACUUAAAAUCGGAUUUAGUUGCGAGCAACGGCAACGCGGAACCCCCACCGGGCGACUUCCCCAGCGCCAGCCCGACUCCCCCGGGACAUUUCUCGCCAAACAACCCGCCCGAGUUUCAGGUGGCACUGCGGGGCUCGCCGGACAGCUUCAGCACCAGUAGCGACGGGACAGCUCCUCUGGUGCCUCUCCUCGGGAGGAACUUUAUCCACGAGCCGCCGGGUGAGUUGCGGCAGGUCACGAUGAAGCGGCACAAGAGCAACGAGGGCCUGGGCUUUAGCAUCCGGGGCGGCUCGGAGCACGGGGUCGGCAUCUACGUGUCCCUGGUGGAGCCGGGGAGCCUGGCGGAGAAAGAGGGUCUCCGGAUCGGGGACCAGAUCAUGAAAGUCAAUGACAAAGUCUUCGACAAAGUCACUCACGCUGAAGCAGUUAAGGUGCUGAAGGGCAGUAAAAAGCUUUGUCUUUCUGUACGUUCAGUCGGCCGGAUUCCAGGCGGCUAUGUCACCAACCAUGUUUAUACCUGGGUUGACCCUCAGGGUCGGAGUGUGUCCCCUCCUCCUGACCUGCCUGAGCAUCGGAGUGCCACCCUGAGAAGAACUGACAGCCAGCGACGCAGCAACAUGCAGCUACUGCAGGACGGAGAUGAAAAGAAGGUCAACUUGGUUCUGGACGACGGCCGGUCUCUGGGUCUAAUGAUCCGGGGGGGAGCUGAAUAUGCUUUGGGUAUUUACAUCACUGGAGUGGACCAGGGAUCAGCAGCAGAGUGUGGAGGACUCAAGGUCGGUGACCAGAUCUUGGAGGUGAACGGCCGCAGCUUCUUGGGCAUCCCGCAUGACGAAGCCGUCAGGGUCCUGAAGUCGACACGGCACCUGAUGAUGACGGUGAAAGACGUGGGACGCCUGCCGCACGCCAGGACGGUGGUUGGGGAGACCAAGUGGAUCGCCAGCUCGCAGAUCGCAGAGAGCUCCGCCAACAGCAGCGUGGCAGGCUUCUCUAUGGAUCAAGGAGCCUCUGCAGCAGGAAAGCCUGGGUUUUAUAAAGGCGUGGCGGGCUCACAGGUGACCCUGUCCAGCCUGGUGAACCAGUCCCGGGCCAUGCUGGAGGAGCAAGCACGCCACUUGCUGACAGAGUCGGAGCGGCAGACUAUGGGCUACUACGUGGAGGAGUACCGGGACGGACACAUCGGUGUGGAGCAGCUGGUCAUGGCGCUGUUCGAGCUGCUCAACACGCACGCAAAGUUCUCUCUGUUGUCGGAGGUGCGAGGCCUGGUCACCCCGCAGGAUCUGGAGCGUUUCGACGGGCUGGUGCUGCGACGUGAAAUCCAGGCACUAAAGGCGCGGCAGGGCACAGCUGGAGCCACAGCGCUCCAACCAGACUCCCUGUCCAUGGUGUCGUACCCAGACACCCUGACCUCGUCUUCAGCCAGCUUCAUGACCAACACCACCCUCAGCUCUGCACGGGAAAGGCUGCUCUGGCUGAUAGAUAUGAUGGAGAACGACAGCGUGGUGGAGAGUAAUCAGGAGGAUCCUCCGGAGAGCCUGAACACGCUUCUGACCGACAUCUCUCUGGAUGAUGUACAGUCCACCACAGCUGAAUCUCCCCCCUCCUUCAAGCCUCCGCCCCCACCAGGGGGGCAGAGGCGCCCAAGUAGACAAGACCAGCACAACAAAUGCCCCUCAUCCGAAUCUUCCCACUCAGGCUUGUACUUCACAGCCCCGACCUCCCACAACCACAGCAAAGACCCAGGACACCCCCCCGCUUCACCCUCGCUACACCACAAACGAGAGCAUCCCAGGGACCCUUCUCGGGACUACGCCCCCAUCCGAAAGAGAGAAACCUCAGCACCUUCCAAGAAAGAACAAAUAACCGCCGCUCAGUUGUCCAUGGUCUCCCAGCACAACAUCGGCCCUUUCCCCAGGGUCCAGUCUCCCGGCAGAGGCACCAAACCUGCAGCCCCGUCCCCCUCGCCUCCGCCUCCGCCUCCACUCCCUGCUCCUCCUCCGCCUCCCGCUCUGCCCCUUAAGCCAGUGUCUAUGUCCAAAGCCUCCGCCACCUCCUCUCCUGGCACUAAACAACAGUUUGUUACAGUGGAGGUUCACAGGCCCAACGCAGAGCCCGACGUCAAUGAGGUGCGGCCCCUGCCCCAAGCUCGAGGUGGCGCCCUGUCUCAGCUGUCAGACAGCGGCCAGACUCUCAGUGAGGACAGCGGGGUGGACAUAGCUGAGUCAGGACAUUUCAGCAAAGACAGCAGCUCCCAUUCCACACGCACACGCCACCCCCAAGACACCCAGGGGGGCGGGGGGGACAACCCCUCCAAACCGCCAGGGCUGUUGGAGCCCACAUCUACACUAGUGAGGGUGGCAAAGAGUGCCAGCACCCUGGGUAUUGCCAUUGAAGGAGGAGCCAAUACUCGACAGCCACUGCCAAGAAUUGUCACAAUACAGAGGGGAGGUUCAGCUCAUAACUGCGGCCAGCUGAAGGUGGGUCAGGUGAUCCUGGAGGUGAACGGCGUUUCCCUGAGGGGCCGUGAGCACAAGGACGCCGCACGCCUCAUCGCCGAGGCCUUCAAGACCAAAGAGAGGGACUACGUGGACUUCCUGGUGACUGAGUUCAAUGUAGCGCUAUAGCUUAGUAGAGGAGGAGAGGAGGACGAUGACGAGGGCAGCAACAACGAUGAAGGGCAGACGUUCAAGCGUCUAUUGAUUUAAAUGGCACAACUCUUUUAGACAGACAUAAACAAACCACCACCAGAUCUCUCAGCUCUUCUCCUUUCCCAUGAAUCCACCCCUGAAUCUGGACACAUGAUACUCACACUUACCAGGCAUUACUUCCGCUGUGGACUUUGUUCAGGAUUUUCUUCAACGUGUUACCUCCCCACUGUGAGACUUUAUGCACUACAAUGGAAAAUAGUGAAACCUAUAUCUUUUGUUUGUUCUCUCAGUGUUAAAACUUGUGGAAUUGCCACCGUUUGAAAUCACUGGAACUCCUCUUAGCACUCUCACCUUCCCCUGGUCAGUUUAUUUGAUCAAUUUUUUUGCUUCUAUCUGAGAGACAACCGCACAUCUAAGACUGAUUCACGCUCGACUUUACAAGCUUGGAUUUGUAUAUGUAAAAAUGAACAAAUGUAGAUACAGAUGCAUAUAUACUGUACACAUAAAGAUACUCCUAUAUGAAUUAUAAAACCCGUAACCUCUUUUGCAUCAUCAACAUAUAGUAAUAUAUUUCAAAGAUGAUGAUAAUUCAGUCAAGCUUAGCGAUGCAGGACUCUAACCAUUUGAUGCUACCGGCCUGUUUGCAUAUUACCACCCUUUCAUUAAAAAGGAAGGUUAGGCUAACGUGAAAACUCACAACAUGCUCAUAUUUUGUUUGAUAAAAUACUGUACAUGUGAAUGAUGGCAAUCUAUUUGGUCACCACACUCAUAAGCAUAUUUCCUGUUUCCCUCCCACUUCCCUGUUUGUUAUCUGUAUGUGUGUUUCAGACUACAUCCACACUAAGCCAGCUAAUUUUAAAAAAUGCAAUACAAUACAAACAAUAGAAUUCAUAAAAUCAAUACAGCCAAACUCACAAUUAAGUUCUCCUUGACAUAUCUUUCUGUUUCUGUUGUCAGACAACGGUGCAGGUAUAAAAUAGUGAUUUGAUCAAGGGUGACAAAUGCUAACUGUUAAUCAGAUGAACAAUAUUUCCUGAGCUGCUUCUCUGAGGCAUCAAUAAAAUCAUUAUUUUAUGAUCACAAAGUCAUCUGACAACAUAAACGUCGGUUAAUAACAACAGCUGUUCUGUAGUCAAGUUUCAUCAUCAACACUAAAACACGAGGCUGGUGUAUUCAGAUUCAUCCUCUCUGUGCAGUGAUUUGAAAAGAGAUAUUUAAAGAAAAAAAGGCAAAGAUAAGUUUUCAGAUUUGGCCCACUUAGUGUGGAUGUGCUCUCAGUGGGGAUAAAAUCCCUCAGCUCCUCGCUCAGACUGCUCAGCUUUUCUUCUGCUGCUCCCCCUGCUGAAUAACAAUUGAUGAUUUUAUUUUGUAAUUUCAUAGUUUUAAUUAUAUUCUCCCUGGGGAGCUUGCUGAAGCCAUGCUUGGUGCAGCAAUUACACCCGAGAGGGGAGUAAUGAGACAUUUAGAGGACGACACUACCAAAGAUUUUAGAAACACUCCUCCACACAUGUUCACACAUGGAACAAGCGUGCACACACACACACAUUUCAUCCAUUUAUAGAAAAGCAAUUAGGAGAUAAGCAAUCAGGUAGAGUGAGUGAUGGAGCGAGAGAGAGAGAGAGAGGAAGAGAGAGAAUGAGAAAGCGUCUAAAGUGACAAAUAAGACGUGAUUGUUGUUGUGGAGAUGAUUUGCUUCCUCAGGAAGAGUGCGAGCGUGAAGAGGAUGUAUCACUAGAGCAACUCAUUAUGCUGCAGGUAGAAAUAUGAAGUAAUUAGAGGAAUUACUUUAGGUUUUAUGUGUGUGUGUGUGUGUGGAUAUGGUUUAUGUAUGUGUUUAAUGUGAGUGAUGUGUGUGUGUGUGUGUGUCUGUCUGCCGGUUAAUGGAUGUAACGCAAAAAAAAAGUGCUCAAAACAAGGGGACCGCAAAAAAGACAAAUGUAAAUGUCAUCAAGGUAGCUGCUGCAUGUGACACACAAGGAAGCGAAGCAGGAGUCUGGGCUAUUUGAAGAAUAUCAACAGUGCUACAUUGUGAGAAAUUGCCAUCAAACACGGCUGUAUCAUUCGGGUGACAACUGGAAGAAGAGAACACCAUAUUCAUGAUUUGUUUUUCCAACAUAUCCCUGCUGUCAAUCUUUAAAAUGUCAUUAAUGGAGUAAAAGCAAAUGUUAGGGAUGCACUAGUAGGGUUUUUUUUUUAAAAGGUCAUACCCAUAUACGAAAUGUUUGUACCUGUAACGACCAAUUAUACUAAAAUAUAUAUUUUUUAAAGAAUCUAUCAUUUUUUAACAUGAAAAUCUGAUUAAACUAUUUAUUUGUCAAAUUAUAGUGUUUAGUUCUGUUACUAAUUGGACAAUUGACAAGUAAACACUGACCAAAAAAACUCAACUUUUCUAGCUGCAUGAAUUGAUUCAAAAACAAGCCAACAGACACACAGCUGUGAGAUAUUAUCACCUGAUUAAGUUCCAUUCUUUGAUUCAUUUUGAGUCACAUUUCUGUCCACCUGAUGAAUGUCAAUAUUAACUCUUCUUGUAGCUCUGCUUUGGUCUCCCAUGAAAAAUAUCUGGUUCUUUAGCUGCUAGAUGUUCUGCUUUCUUCACCAGCUAGUCGCUAACUUUGCCCGUCUGUUGUUUAGUGGGUAGGCAGCGCAUAGUGGAUUUAUCUGAGCUUGUUUGCUGAAAACAGCUUUUGCUGGAAGAACCAGACAAUAAAUAUACUGUAAAACCAAAACAGCAAGCUAAAAGAGGCUAAAAAACUCCAUAGAGCUGCUGAGUUUGUGAUAAUUCUGUGGGUUUUUCUUUCGCAUUACACAGUGUUAAGUUAAAAAAUAUUGAUUCUUGCUCCUUGCCAACAUACACUCUCAGUGAAUUCCUAAAAAAUAUUGUUUAAAACCUCCCUCACCUCAGAUGACCACAGAAUUCCUCCAUUUAUGUAAAAUUGGGCAAAUUUAGGUUUUGUCCAACUCAACACUGACUUUCCACAUUCAGAAACAUUUUGCUGAAUGUGACUUUUGUUGUAAGUCACUUGUUGUUUCAAAUGUGUGUUCUAGGGCUCAGGAUCAGGAAACAUGCUGUACAAUACUGUGUGUAUGUACUGAAUACUGAAGGACAACAUACACAACAACGCAAGACAAAACUCGCUGGCUACCUUCAAAACCAGACAGAAUUUAGUGAAAAUGUCGCUGUCCCUCACAGAUUUAAGAGCCAGUCGACAUAAAAGUAGCGAUAUGAUACAACUGAAGAAGUGAUCCAGUUGAGAUAAAUCCUCUGUUUUGUGUUUCUGUGUUUUGUAGGCUUGUAAAGGACGACCUGGACCUAUAAAUCAUAAUAAUAUUACAACAAUUAAAGCUUUAACGGUAACAGUAACUCCUGUCGCAGGAUUUAUAUAACGGUUUUGUAGGUGAUGUUGUGUAUUAAUAAGUCAACAGCCUUGAUGAAAACAGUCAGCAACUGUAUUAAACUGCAGCACCCGUUUAAACGCAUAAAAGUUUUGAUUAAUAUUUACAAGUGUCUGGCUUUUGAGUGCAUCCAUUAAUCUGAUUUGGAGAAAUUAACUGUUUACAUAUUCAGUACAUGAUGCAAGCAAUAUUUGGAAAAGAGCGUAAUCACUCCCACCACUCAAAACACUUAAAAUUCAGGAUGCAUCAGUGUGUGUGUGUGUACAUGAGUGUGUAUCUGUGUGAGAACGAUAGCUUAGAUGGGAAGACAAGAGCGAGAUAGAGAGACAGUAAGACAGAUGAGAGCUGGAGUGCGUCUUCUCAGUGGAAUUACUCUCCGUUAAACAAUCUAAUGUGGAAGGAAUCACAGCCAGAUGAAGGCUUUUGUUUUUCUAACUUGAGCAUUUAAACAUCACAUGACACCUCCCUUCAGACAGAGAGGAGACAAGGAGAGAGUGUUCAUUGUCAAACAUUACAAUGGACAGCCUUUUGAUGGAAUAUGAUAAAAGGGUAAAUCUGUCCUGGGAAAACCAUGUACUAUAUAUCUCCAAAUUUGAUUUAAUCUAGAUUUGCUUUUUAAUGUCUUUCAAAUAAACUUUUGAAAUAAAACUUCUAAUUAACUUCUGAGAUCGAUUCAAUUUUCCAGUGGGUUGAGGGACUUCUCCUGGUUUUAAUGCUAAUAAAACCAUUUUGGAUUCAUUUAAAACAUGCUGUGUCACAUUAUAGCUGGGUACCAUUUGAACAUUUUCCUGCUGAUAGCAUACUUUGGUUUCAGUACCAAUAUUGUUUUUCUGCAAAGCCCUUUAAAGGAUAAAGCUGAUGUUGUUCUCAAACAAAUCCCACGAAAAGACCAAAACCAACAGUGCAUUAGUCUGUCUCUCAUUACUGUCAGACAUCUCCACUCUGUCUGUGGCUCUCAACUCCAAGCUCACUGCUCCUCAAGCUCCUACCGAAGAUGUAAAUCUUUAAAAAUGGGUCACAGUACUCUAAUUUAAUUUCCUAAGACAUCUGGAGUUUUUAGCAAACUUUACUCAAACAGGAGCACACUUGUCAGGGACUAUUUUCAAUGUUGGGUUCAUUCACAUUUGGCGCUCUAGCGAGUAUUUACUGCAGCAGACGCACACACACUGUGACUCAAUAUAAACUGCAAUGUGCAUUUUCAUGGGCGUGAAAAAGUAUGUCAGCCAGGGCAACAGUGUGACUCACUGAUGUGUUUAGGUUUUGGACAACAAUGGAGCUUUAUGACACAGAGGAAUAAGAUAGAUCAGGCUUUGGCUACACAGACAAUACUUGAUAAUAGGAUUGUUGGUUCUGGUCUUUUCAUGGAAUUUGUUGACAAUAAUAAAAAUAUAGAAUAACACCAGACUUAUCACUUAAUAAGAGAAGCCAAAUUCUUAAAUGCUAAAUGUUAUCUAAACCUGCAACAUCAUGUAAGAACUUUGCCUAAAUACAGUCUAAAAUUAGUAAAAUUAUGAUUUAAAUUUGAAACUCUGAUCAAAGAAUAAGUGAAGAAUAUAAAUCUGAACAGUUUUUGAUACUCAGCACCUAAAAGUUAUUAAGGUUUGAUACUUAAAACAAGGCUGAUUUCUUAGUACAUGAAAAUUUGACAUUUUGGAGAUUGUUGGUUUUCACAGGACUGCAACAAAAUGCAACAAUUACAGAGGACAAGACAGUUGCAACUUUCUCACUUAUUUUAUCACUUUAUUGACAUCACACCACUCACUCAGUCACUGGUUCAAUCUCUGCAACAGCUACAUGUGUCCAUCAAUGCCAAAGGUCCCUUGAGCAAGACACUGAACCCCCUGUCUGCUGCUGGCUUUACCCUGCUCAGGGCCGUCCAGGAUGGAGGGAUGAUCGAGGGAAGUGAUGGCAGCCGCUGACAGUCUCAUUAAUCAAACGCCAAGACAGAGAGGUGCUGGCCUUGGCUCUGACAGGAGACAUGACGGCUUAGGCAUGUUGCUGGCAUUGGUGCAAGGUGUGAUGGUUUGCCCCCACCCCUCCACCCCUGAACCACAGCUUCCCUGCAAAAGUCAGACUCAUAAACCAACCAACACAACCUGUUGACUCUAUCAAUAAUGUUUAUUUGUUUCACUGACUGUGCCUCCUGCUUUAUUAGCUGCACAAGUUGAUUUUGUUGGUGUUCAUUUUCCACCCUGCGGUGCUCUUCAGCAAUCUCCUUUUGCUUUUGUUUUCCUGUCAGUCAGUCCAUCCUUCUUUUUUGUCUGCUUCCUGCACAUUUUAACGAGGAGUGUUGUACAAUGACAUGCUAUUUAUACAGAAAGUGUGUUUAAUUUUUCAAUAAAGAUAACUGCAUAAAAAUA